CGUGCGGCCAUCGUCGGCUCUCUCUUGGGAUGUGUGGUCGCAGCCAGUAACCUAUAUGUCGGUCUCAAAAUCGGCUGGACAUUCGGUGCCUCACUCUGGGGCGCCAUUUUCGGAUUCAUCAUCCUUAAGCCUCUCGCCCGCCUCAUGGGCAGCACUUUUGGACCACGCGAGAAUGCUACCUGCCAGGCUGCCGCCACGACCGCUGGUGGUCUCUCUACCGGAUUUGUCACCGCCAUCCCAGCCAUGUACCGCAUGGGCUUGAUGGGUGAAGGUCGAAUGCCCAAGGACGAUGCCCUGACUCUUGUUCUCUGGACUACCUGCGCUGCCUUCUUUGGCAUGUUCUUUGCCGUCCCGCUGCGCACGCACUUUGUCAUCAACCAAGAUCUCGUCUUCCCUACCCCCCGUGCCGCUGCAGAGACUAUUCGCAACCUUCACAAGACCGGAUCCAAGGCUGCGUCGGAUGCCCAGAAGACAGCCCUGAUCAUGAUUGGCGCGUUCUUUGUUGCCCUGGUCUUUGUGCUCCUCGGAAACUUCAUACCCGGCAUCUUUGAUACCAUCCAUAUUCUCUACUGGAUCGGGCACGCUGCUGGAUACAUGAGGAUGCAGCACGCUGAUCAGAUUUGGGGCUGGGCUUGGAGCUUUGAUUUCUCGUUUUUUGGUGCUGGUAUGAUGACCCCUGGCUCAACCGUCUGGUCCUUCAUGCUGGGAGAAUUCAUUGCUUAUGGUUUAGCUGGUCCCCUGAUGGUCGAUUCUGGAUACUUGGAGGGUCCUCGCGGAUUCACCAAACCCCGCAAUGGCACCGCGCAGUCGUGGUUCCUCUGGCCCGGUAUUGCCCUAAUGGUCUUCACUGCCUUUGGUGAGCUCGGUGUUAAUGGAAAGUCGCUUUGGCACGGAAUUACCAGUGGUGUAAGAGAAUCCCGCAAUCUCAUCCGUCGCUUGACAAAGCGCGCCGAACUCGUGGAUCAGAGCGGCUUUGUCAGCAAGGAUCCCGUUCCCCCUCAUCUCCAAGUCCCUACGCUCUGGUGGGUCACUGGUCUUGUGAUUUCGGCUGUCUUCACCAUCGUCCUCAUGGCGGUCGAUUUCAAGGUCCCGGUCUAUUCGACCAUAAUUGCCAUUAUCCUUUCGUUCCUGCUGGCCUUUGUCGGUCUACAGGCUUCUGGUGAGACAGAUAUCAACCCAACGGGAUCCAUCGGCAAGGUCACCCAGCUUGUCUUCUCGCGUUUCCCUGGUGAGCUCCAGGUUGUCCAGAAGACCAACCUCAUGUGCGCCAACAUCUCGGCCUCCAUCUGUGCCCAAGCUGUCGAUAUGGUCGGAGACUUGAAAACCGGUCAUUUACUCGGUGCCUCGCCUCGCUCCCAAUUCUUCGCCCAGUGCGUCGGGUCUGUUUUCGCCAUCGCUGCUGCUGUCCCCUUGUUUAUUCUUUACACUGAGGCAUAUCACUGCAUUGUCGACGCUACGAUUGAGAAGUGCGAGUUUGGGCUGGUCUCGGUCGUUACCUGGCAGUCAGUGUGCCAGAUCUUGACGACUGGCGGAACCGUCCCCCGAGGCUCAGUUAUUACAGCCUGUGUCCUGGCUGUCCUUGCAAUCGUCAACAUUGUGAUUCGCAUCAAGUUGGUCCCUGAAAAGGUCCGUCCUUACUGGAUCAACUUGAACGCUGUUGGUCUGGGUAUGAUUAACCCUUCGCCCGCCUUGGCCCUGGCCAUGUUGACCGGCUGGGUCGGUGGUCAGAUCUGGGUGCGCAUCAACAGGGUUGCCCAUGAGAAGUUGAUGUACUCUGUCGCCGGAGGUUUCAUCUCCGGUAAGUUCUUUCUCGCCAACUGUUCAAUAAUAUCAUGGUCACCGUAUAUGCUAUCCUUGUGGUUCUAA